AUGGAAAGAAUGGAUUAUUCUGUGAGCGUGAAAGGCAAAAGCCUGCGCAACCAGGUCAUUCAUUUUACUGUCACUGUAGAUGGACAAGGGCCUGAUUCUUCUGUCAGGAAGUUAGUGGAAAAUGUCAAUGCAAUACUUGAAGAAGAAGAAGACAAAAUGACUCACAUUAACCUCAGCAUACAAGGCCAAGGAAUUAGUCCUUCUCUCCACCAAAUAAUCGAAGAGUUCAAUGAUUCCCUGAACAAAAAGCCUAAUGUUGAUGUUCCUCCACUCGAAGAAGGAAUCCCAAGGAUACCGUUUACCUUUAAAAUACAAGGCCAAAGUGAUGAUGCUACUCUAAAGAGAUUCGUCAGAAAGAUCAAGGCUUUGCUUGGCAAGGAAAUGGAAAUAAUGGAUUAUUCUGUGAGCAUGAAAGUCAAAAGCCUGGGCAACCAGGUCAUUCCUUUUACUGUCACUGUAGAUGGACAAGGGCCUGAUUCUUCUGUCAGGAAGUUAGUGGAAAAUGUCAAUGCAAUCCUUGAAGAAGAAGAAGACAAAAUGACUCACAUCAACCUCAGCAUACAAGGCCAAGGAAUUAGUCCUUCUCUCCACCAAAUAAUCGAGGAGUUCAAUGAUUCCCUGAACAAAAAGCCUAAUGUUGAUGUUCCUCCACUCGAAGAAAGAAUCCCGAGGAUCCCGUUUACCUUUAAAAUACAAGGCCAAAGUGAUGAUGCUACUCUAAAGAGAUUCGUCAGAAAGAUCAAGGCUUUGCUUGGCAAGGAAAUGGAAAUAAUGCAUUAUUCUGUGAGCAUGAAAGGCAAAGCCUGCGCAACCAGGUGA